CUUCAGGCUUUACUGACUGGUCCCUGUAUUUGUCCCUAAUCUUGCCUUUGUCUGGCGAUCUAUUUUACACAGUCUUUAAGUAUACGGUGCUGCCCUGGGAGCUUCAGUGGUCCCAGCCUUGCAGCUGGUGGGGGAGGCUGCCCAGUGGUGGCAGUGGUGUGUCCCUGGCCCGCUGGACUGUAGCUUCUUUACUGCCAAGUCAUCUGUUCAUCCAUCCGUGGGGGUCCACAAUGGCCACCUUCAGCCGCCAGGAGUUUUUCCAGCAGCUCCUGCAGGACUGUCUCCUGCCUACUGCCCAGCAGGGCCUUGACCAGAUCUGGCUGCUCCUUGCCAUCUGUGUUGGCUGCCGCCUCCUCUGGAGGCUCGGAUUGCCAUCCUGCCUGAAGCACGCAAGCACUGUGGCAGGUGGGUUCUUGAGCCUCUACCACUUCUUCGAGCUGCACAUGGUCUGGGUCGUGCUGCUCAGCCUUCUGUGCUACCUCGCGCUCUUCCUCUGCCGACAUUCCUCCCAUCGCGGCGUCUUCGUCUCCGUCACCAUCCUCGCCUACCUGCUCGUGGGUGAGACGUACAUGGUGGACACUGUGGCGUGGCACAGGAUGCGAGGGGCCCAGAUGAUUGUGGCCAUGAAGGCGGUGUCUCUGGGCUUUGACUUGGAUCGGGGUGAGGUGAGCAUGGUGCCCUCACCCGUGGAGUUCAUGGGCUACCUCUGCUUUGUGGGCACCGUCAUCUUUGGGCCCUGGAUAUCCUUCCACAGGUACUUAGAGGCCGUCCAAGGCCGCCCACUGAGCUGCCGGUGGCUGCAGAAGGUGGCCCAGAACCUGUUACUGGCCCUUCUGUGCCUGGUGCUGUCCACAUGUGUGGGCCCCUAUCUCUUCCCUUACUUCAUCCCCCUCGAUGGUGACCACCUCCUUCGCAAGUGGCUGCGAGCCUAUGAGAGUGCCAUCUCCUUCCGCUUGAGCAACUAUUUUGUGGGCUUUCUAUCCGAGGCCACAGCCACGUUGGCAGGGACCGGCUUCACCAAGGAGAAGGAUCACCUGGAAUGGGACCUGACCGUUUCUAAGCCACUGAACGUGGAGCUGCCCCGGUCCAUGGUGGAAGUUGUCACAAGCUGGAACCUGCCCAUGUCUUGCUGGCUGAAUAACUAUGUUUUCAAGAAUGCUCUCCACCUGGGGACCUUCUCAGCCGUGCUGGUCACCUAUACAGCCAGUGCCCUCCUGCACGGCUUUAGCUUCCACCUGGCCGCGGUGCUGCUGUCUCUGGCGUUUAUCACUUACGUGGAGCACGUCCUCCGAAAGUGCCUGGCUCGGAUCCUCAGUGCCUGCAUCUUGUCGAGAAGGUGCCCGCCAGACUGUUCACACCAGUAUCGUUCGGGCCUGGGGGUGCGAGCCUUAAACCUGCUCUUUGGGGCCCUGGCCAUCUUCCACCUGGCCUACUUGGGCUCCCUGUUUGAUGUUGAUGUGGACGACACCACAGAGGAGCAGGGCUACGGCAUGGCAUACACGGUCCACAAGUGGUCAGAGCUCAGCUGGGCCAGUCACUGGGUCACUUUUGGAUGCUGGAUCUUUUACUGUCUAAUAGGCUGAGAGACAUCUGAGGCAGCUCCCUCAAGAACCCUCCUCAGGGUGGUGGGGAUGAGGGAAGGCCCUCUCUAAUUUUUGAUCCUUCUCCAUUCUUCACACUGCCCCCCCAUACCCCUACACACACACGUUCAUACACACACACAUUAUUUCCAUACCUUCCAAUCCCCACUUCCACCACAGGACGGGAAGGGAGUGGUCCCUGCUGGGGCCUAGGGGUGGGGAGAGCCUGGGGAACAGAGAACAGGAGAUCCAGGGCCUUCCUGCCUGCCUUGUCUCUUUGUAUAUACAGUUUGUUAUCAUCAAGUAAAUUUGGAAGUUGGUUUGUUUUUAAGAGUAAGUAUAGAAAGUCUCAUGUUCUCAUAAUGUUGAGGAAUUCUGAAGAGACUGAGACCCAGGUUUUGGUCCGUUUGGGGAAAGUUUUCCUUCAGUGGUUUUAAAUUGCGUCGGAUUACCACUGUGGGCUUAGUGGGGCACUUCAAAGUGGAGUAGAUGGUUCUAUUUAAUAUUUGCUCUGGAUCUUUGGCACAUUUUGUGGGGAGGGAGCCCAGUUUAAAAUAAAAUGUAAGAGCAGCAGUUUUGAAACAGCUGAAUGAGGAGCUUGGCAAGUUCUCCUUCCAAAAAAGCAAUUGUUAAACUUAACAAAAUUGUAAACAAACAAGCAAAAACCCAUUUACGGUCUCUGGAAAUUAACCAAAGGACACAUAUUGAGAGGCAUUUAUUUGAACAAAGCUAGUGAAUCUCAGUAUAAACAGUGAUGAUCGUCUAGCAUGUUAGGAGAUGCUCCCACCUCCCCCCUCAGCUCUGGUUCCUCAAGUUCUACCCUGGGCGUGCCAUGAGGCCUGGCAGCUCUGUUGUCCUGUCAGAGGGAACUGAUUUUAUUUAGAGCAGCACUUGGAAAAAAACAUGCCCAGGGCUGUUAGGAAAACAAUAGCAGUCUCUGUGGCAGACAGUCUGGGAAAGCUAAUGUUGCAGGGAACAAGAAAAUGGCAGACUGGCCAGAAAUUUAUCAGGGAAAUCUAGGGAAAGAGAUAGCUAAAGUGAGCCCUACUAUUCAUAUCACACUUAGCUCUUAGGGUCCAAAAGGCUGUGUACAUGUACAAGGCUACACCUAUUCAGGAGAAGACAGAGGACCCUUGAAAGCUACUGGCCCCUGACUGAAUGCAGGGUAGACUGAUAAACUCCCUACACUUUGAAAGUAUCCCUCCAAGCCACACACAGACCCCAUGGCAAAGGAUUUGAAAGCCUUCUGGCUCAAGGUGUUGAAGCAAAACCUCUGACCAGUCAUUGGCUGACCACUAAGUUAUGCUGACCUGGGACAGCCCCCUAGAAAGCAAAGCUUAAAAAGAACAACAACAAAAAAUUAAAAAAAGAACAACAACAACAAAAAAGCAGUGACAUCAGAAUUUGGACACUGAUGGGGAAACAGACUCCAGAAAAUUAGGCAAGUCACUAAGUGAACAAACAGAAAACAGGCAACAUGAAGCUGUAGGCAGAAUUUCGAUUUGCUACUAAUUUGGAGUAUUUCAUUUAAAAUACCCAGUUUAAAAAAAAAUACCCAGUUUUUAACAGGAAAUUAUAAGACAUGAAAAUAAACACAAAAGUGUGACUGUUACUCAGGGAAAAACAAGCAAUAGAAACUUGGAGGGAGCUCACUGGCAAAUGAUGGUUCCUAGUAACAAAAAGAGCAGUUUCUUUUUCAAUGUAUUCAAAGAACUAAAGGAAAAAUUCUUCCUUUUGCCAGUGACUCUUCAAAGAGAGGAUUAAUAAAGAGAUUUGAGACUUCCCUCCUCCAGUGGUUAAGACUCUCUGUUGCCAAUGCAGGGGUUGUGGGUUCGAUUCCUGGUCGGGAAACUAAGAUCCCACACAUGCCAUGCAGUGCAGCCAAAAGAGAUUUUUUUUUUUAAAAAAAAGGAAUAAAGAGAUCUAAAUUUUUAAAAGGAAUCAAAUAGAAAUUCUAGAAUUUGAAAAGUACAAUGACUGAAAUGAAAAAUUCACAAACUCAACUGAUUUGAGCUGGCAAAAGAAUUAGUGAAUUUGAACACAGGUUAACAGAGGUUAUCCAGUCUCAAGAACAGAAAGCAGAAAGAAAAAGGAAAACAAUCAGUAUCCGAGACGGUGGGAUGCCAUCACACAGAACAGCAUACAUGUAAUGAAAGUCUCAGAUGGAGAGGAGAGAAAGAAAGGAGCAGAAAAUGUGUUUUAAGAAAUAGCUGAAAAUUUCUGAAUUGAUUCAAAAUGCUCAUCUCUGUAUCCAAGAAGUUUAAUGAACUUUAAGAAGGAUAAACAGAAAGAAAUUCACACCUAGAUACAUCAUAGCCAAACCUGCACAAGGGAAGCCUCAUUACAUGCAAGUGAGUCACAGUAAGAUUAACAGCUGACUGACUUUUGUAAUUAUGGGGGCCAGAACAUGUCAGUAUAUGAUUAUUAGUGGAUGUUAAUUUUUCAGUUGUUUAAUAUUAAUCCACUUAAUGAAGUUAAAAUGAUGGCAUGAAUAAAAAGGAGCUCUCUUUUUGUUAGUUCUGUUAUCUCUUUCCAUGUUGUUGUCCACAUAUAGAAAUGCAGGAAUUGUCUCCUUAAGAGAUCAAAAAAAUUAAACCUUCCUAGUAAAAAAAUUCAGAUUCAGAGUUAAAAUUCUUAAGAAAGAAUCUCUGCUACUUUGAUUUCCACAGGGAUAACGAAUACUUAAUUCUUUCAGAAAAAUAGUAAAUAAUUAGCAAUUUAGAAGGCUGUUUUUGUAAAACGUGAUUAACAGCAGAGUGAAGUUAUAUAAGGGGGAAUUGAGUUGACGUCUAAAACAAUUAUAAAAUGAUAGGUAAAAAUUUUAAGUUUAACCCACAGUAUUUUCCAUACUUAGAAUUUUCCAGGUUUUGUUGCCCUGGUCCACAGUUUGGGUUUUAUUGCUAUAAAGUGUCAUAUACUGUGGUAGAAAACUAAUAUAAUAAUAGGUCUUUAAUAGUAUAAAAAUUUUUAAGCAAGGGGUGCCAGCCAUCAGCACUUCUGGAGCUUUCACCAUCCCAAAUCUUCUGGCAGAUAAUAAAAGUAAAAAGACAAUAUAGUAUAGAAAUUAGGAGUACGAGCUUCAUGGUCAUAGAAUUGUGAUUCCUGGCCCCACCACCUACCAGCUAUUGUGAACAGCAUGUUUGUGUUACCCCUAAGUUAGUAUUUUGAAGCCUCAGCUUCCCAUAUGACUAUAUUUGGAGAUAGGGCCUUUAUGGGGCAUGUUCUUGUUGUUUAGUUACUAAGUUGUGUCCGACUCUUUUGCAACCCCAUGGAUUGUAGCCCUUCCAGGCUCCUCUGUCUGGGAUUUUCCAGCCAAGAAUAAAGUGGGUUCCCAUUUCCUUCUCUAGGGUGUUUUCCUGACCCAGGGAUCAAACCUGCAUCUCACAUAUUGGCAGGUGGAUUCUUUUACCACUGAGCCACCAGUGAAGCCCCCUUAUGGGGUUGAUUAAGGUUAAAUGAGGUCCGAAGAGUGGAGUCCUGAUAUGACAGGAUUAGUGUCCUGAUAAGAAACACAGAAGAGAGCUAGCUUGCUUAUUCUCUCUGCCAUGUGAUAACAAAAUUCUCUAACAGUUGCUGAGGUACCUGGUAAGCUAAGAGAGAAACAGAGGAUAGUCACAACUCCAUUUUAAAAAAUUAAAUUGUGUAAGUAUUUCUGCUGAAAUAUUUUCACAGGUAUUGUCUUUUUGCCUUUGUUCAUAGUAUCUUUGACAAACAUUGGCAAAGAUAUGGAAAAACAGUUAUUUGAUUUCAUAAAGUUGACAGAACAUUUGGAAAACUGGCAAUAAAUACUAAAACUGAACAUGUGUGUAUGUGUGAUCCAGUAAUUCUUUUCUGAGGCUUGGUAUGCAGUAGAAAUGAGUGUGUGUGUGUGUGUGUGUGUGUGUGUGUAAUCAUCAAGAUACACAUACUAGGAUAUUUGUAACAGCAUUAUUGGUUAAUAGCCAGGAACUGUAUAAACUGUCCAAAUGCCCACUAAACUGUCAAAUCGGUAAAUUGCAUGUUCACACAGAGAAAUACAAAGAAAAUGAAAAACUACAACUAGCCCACCAAUGAGUGAAUUUCACAAAUAUAUUAAGGGUAUUAAAAAAACCACAUGCUGUAUGAAUACAUUUAUAUAUCAAAGUACAAAAAUAGGUAAAACUAAUACUACAUGGUGUUAAAAAGAACGGUAGUGAUUUAUCCUUGGAAGAGGAGGCUAGUUACUGGAAUGGAGGAGAAGGCUUCCAAGAUGCUGCUGAUGUUCUGUUUCUUCAUGUGGCUUUUAGUUAAAGAGCAGGUUCAGUUUCUGAAAAUUCAUCAAGCUAUCUUUUAGGACAGUGCUGUCCAGUAGAAUUCAAAUGUGAGCCAUAUUAUGUAAUUUAAAUUUUUCUAAAAGUCACAUUUUAAAAAGUUUUUUCUAAUUGCUAACUUGUGCAUUUUAUUUAUCCCAGUAUAUCCAAAAUAUUAUCAUUUGAACAUAAAGGAUAUAAACAUUUAUUGAGACAUUUUACCUUUUUUUGGCAAUAAGUAUUUGAAACCCAGUGUGUUUUCCAGUUACUCAAAUUAGCAACAUUUCAAGUAUGCAGUACUCAACAUGGCUAGAGGCUAUGCUACUGGACAACACAGCCCUAAUAUGUAUACUAUUUUGUGCAUAUAACAUACUUCAAUAAAGUGUUUUGAAAGUUUCCCACAAUGAAGAUAUAUCUGAGUACAGUUGUAUAAACUCACAAUUGAAUCAUGUUUGCUGAUUGUAUUU